CAUAUGUUAGUCUCAGGCACCUGAUUCUCUUGUCUUAGAGAAAUACAGUCAAUUUGUUUUGUGUGACCAAUGUAGCAGAGGUAUGGAAUCCAGCAAUCUACAAAGAGAACACUAUUACUUUGUGCUGAGUGGAAGCUCCUUCUUAAUGCAAUGGUACGCAGUCCUCCUGUGUAUUCGAGUUUUUUUUUUCUGAGUGGAAGUUUACUCAGAGUUAAUAUGAAUUUCUGAAUCUUGACUGAACAAUGCCACUGGAAUAUCUUUGCUACUAUCAGCAAUGCUUUUUCUCAGUCCAUCAAAGGAUUGUGGGCACCGGUGCUCUCAUUCCUAGUAGCCAGAAUUCACUUUUGACCUGGGUGCAAAAGCAGACUAAAUGGACUCCCUCCUGGCCAUUGCUCAGAAGAUGUCCUGCACGUGCCUCAGUGCGUGCGCGCGUGCGUGCGUGUGUUCGUGCGUUUGUCAGCUUGCUCCACUUUUGUCUGCAUUUGUUUGGUCACAUCUGCAUUUGCUGUGGUUCUGCAUCCUGUGUUUGUUUUCUUUUGUUCUGAUAACUUAAGAAAUGCAGGAGGAGCUCAGAUCUUCCCAGAAGACAAGGCCCCUGCAUUCCUGGUGAGCACUGUUUCUCUCUGUAUCUGUGACUGCACUGCAGCUGGUUAUUUAGUGAUUUUGUCCUAUCUGUGGGUGAUAAUAUCAUAUGAUCUGGUGGCUAACUUAGGUCUUAGCUAGAGGCUAGAGCCCUGCUGCCUGGAUGCAGUGUUGCAUGUGGGUAAUUAAGAACAGAUGAUAGGCUUCAGUAGGCUUCAUUCUUUCUGCUUAAGACAUUAUAGUCAGUAAAGAUUCCAUUAAUCAAGUUAUUUGCUUAGUCAUCAUGUCAAGAAAAGACAGAUAUAGACUCACUUGAUGUAGAAAUGUAAAAAAAAGUUCAGUUUCACUCGAUAGAAUUCGAUCAACUUUGCUGUUCUUCUGCUGAAUCAUUCCUAGGUAGACUGCUUGCUACAAUACAUAGCAUGUACAAAAAGCUAGACCUACCAUAUCCCACUGCCAAAGGGAUAGCAGCAGGACAAAAGAACUGGAUAAAAGGGAAAAAAAAGAAGAAAAAAAAACUCAAGAAACAAAUGAUAGGAACUCUAGACUUGCCAAGCUUGCUUCAAUGCAACCUCAACCUAGCAUGAGCACAUGGAGUUCCUUCCUGGUUUCUACUUCUAACUGAUAUAGUUCCCUAGCUAUGUGUGUAGACUCUCCAUGGAUCCUUGAUGGGAUCCAAUGGAAGAACAUGCAGUACUGGAGUUCAUUCAUGCCAGCAAAGGAGCAUGACGAUGCACCGGCGGAUGAUGUAGAGCCUGGCUCUAUGCUCUUUCAGAGCUCUGGUGUCUCUGCUCUCUGAUGAUUACGUUUGGAGCUUGCUGCUGUGGUACAGAACUUGGAAGGAGGCUAAUGAUUUAUAGAGAGGAGGCAAAGCAUGUCGCACCUCUGCUCCCAUGCAAUCGUGCUAAUACUUUAGUUUUCCUUUGCUUUCUUUAAUCUAGGGAGACAAAUCUCUGAACCUGAAUGUAGCUUAUUGUUCUUGUCGCCGACAAAAAGCUUGAUUUUAUUGAUGGAUAUGAUCAUUUCAGAUAACGGACAGCUCAUCCUGCUGCCACCUGCAUACGUGUAGAAAUCUGCAGAUUCAGUGGUUCAGCAUGGCUCCGAUGAAGGUUCUUGGUAUCUGGCACUGGCAGUGCUGCUCAUGCGCCGCUGGUAUGUCUGUGCUGUGCUGUGUCCCUUUCUAGUGCGAGGAAAACUCUAGUAUAUUCUGAAAGAACUUGCAAGCAUGGAUCUGAUUAGAGUUGUUGUAGUCAGUAUGAGCAAUGCACAUGAGCAAUCUGCAGGCAUGUAUGGCCACUUGAUCCUGUCCGCGGCGCGGCGCAUGGUCCUCAAUCAUGGAGCAGCCCCUGGGUACUGUGCCUCAGCACCCAUCAAGGGUCCAUCUAUGAUCACAUUGUUAACCAUGGAGAAGGUGAAGAAGAAGAGGGGGAAGCUGCAGAAUGUCCUGAGGGAGCAGAAGGCCAGGCUCUACAUCAUCCGACGCUGCGUCGUCAUGCUUCUCUGCUGGAGUGACUGAUCAUUUGAUCAGAUCAGGGGGCUCAUUUCUCUUCUGUUUGCAAAUUUUUCAUCUUUUUUCACCCUGCCAUUCUGGUGGGUGAGAAUCAAGCUUGACAUGUAACAGCAUUUGAUCAUUUUCCUAUGGAUUUUCCCUUUGUUUUCUUGCCUCUUUGGAAGGCAAGGGUAACCACUACUCUUGUAAAGCUAGGAGAGUGUAAAUACAUACUAACAGUAUACUGUUUUCCUAUCAUUA